UCACCCCUUUUGUUAAUGCGUCUUUUUUCAAUUUUUUCGCCGCCCCUUUUGUCAACGCGCCUGUUUCCAAUUUGUUUGUCACCUCUCUUAUGCCGCUCAAAGAAAGCGGUAAAAAUUUUCCGACGCAUGACCCGCUAAGUUAUUGUUCUGCACACCCCCUUGUUGAACGAACAGGAGGACCUCUCGCUCACGGUAAAGGAAGCAACACGCUAAUCCGGCACAUGCGUUAAAUUUGCAACGGGUUAGACGUUCUCCUUUCCUCUGCCGCGUGAAUCACGUAUCUGUUUUUCCCCCCUCGAGUACCCACUGCCAGCAUGUGCAAAGCCGCCACGAUAGACGUCACCACGGUUGGUGACUCCAUGAUAGGCGGCGCCACGAUGGGUGACUCCACGAUGGGUGACCCCACGAUGGGUGACUGCACGAUAGGCGGUGCCCCACUGGACGUCGCCCAGAUGAAGGCCAAAAUUCGGAGCUCCAAACUGCACGUGCUGACCUUCGCAACCCACGAGCAGGGGUACUUCAAAACGCUGCAGGAAAGUUGCUCCCGUUUGAACAUAGAGCUGACUGUGCUAGGAAUGGGCAAAAAAUGGGAAGGGUUCAUAACCAAGUUGGUAAAAGUAAAGGAGUAUAUCAAAUCGUGCGACGACCACGACAUCGUCCUCUUUGUGGACGGAUUCGACACAUUCUUCGUUCAGCCAGCCAAUGUAAUUGUGGAGAGGUACAUAGUAAAUUACGACAACUUAUUUGUGUGCACAAGCGAAAGCACCUAUUCGACUAGCUUCUUCCUCCUACGGAUUAUCGAAAAUAUGCACUUAGUUUUUCAUAAUAGCAUUUUUAAAAAUAAUGACAACACGGAAUGGGAUGCCACGAGGAUUAGAGACAAAUAUAAAGACUUCACUUAUUUUUAUAAAAAUUUAAAUUUACUAAAUUCGGGAGGUUGGAUAAGCAAUGUCUUUUUAGCCAAAAAAAUUUUGCAAUACAUUCCUUCCUUUAUUGAGAACGACCAGAUCUUCCUGACCAACUUGUACUUAGACUGCAACUAUUUGAUGAAGCUGCAGCAGGAUGGCCCCCCACACGGAGAAAAAAACGCACUUCGUAACUGCGUCCCUCAGGAGAAUGCGAAAUACUACAACAGAAUUAUCGUUGACAAUCACAACAUCAUUUUUCAUUUGUUUCGAAGCAAAGGGAACGUGGCUCUGAUGAGCUACCAGGACUGUGUGCAGUUCUUUCCUUUUCGCCCCUUGCUCAGCGCGUACUACCUGAACGGGCGAGGCGAUGCGGGCGACGCGGCGGCCGAAAAGGAAAAAAAAAAUAGUCAAAAUAGUCAAAAUGGUCAAGCUAGCCAAACGGAGGGAAAAAAUAUAAAAAUUGGUUUAGCUAGCCAAACGGAGGGGGAAAAUAAAAAAAUUGGUUUAGCUAGCCAAACGGCGAGGAAAAAUAAAAAAAUUGGCCUAGCUAGCCAAACGGGGGAAAAAAAAAAAAAAAAUUCAGUCCUAUCCUCCAUAGUGGAAUUUUUUAGAAAAAAAAAAAGCGAAGAGGGGGAGAUAACAAAAAAGGAGAUAGGUACAAACCAACGGAGAGAGUUCCACCCCCUCGGAGGAGGGAAUACUCCGAAGGGAACCCCCCCCGGGAAGCAUCAUACCGACGCGCACCCAGCCACAUGGACGAAGCAGAAGACCAUUCUGGACGAAGUGUACAUGGAUGAAGGGCAACGGAAAAUCGGCCAGAUAGAAAAAACAUUCAAUUACUCCAUAAUUGACACGCACACACACACCUCGCCGUGUGUUCUGCACAUGCACUGCCUGCGAAAUGUGGACGAGAUGAUUCGCACCAUGGGAUUGAAAAAUAUAUACUCAUCCAAAUGGUACAGCAAUAUAUGGUACCUCUUUUACAGCCUAAAAGGGACGCUGAAUUUUAACUACUUUAGCCUGCUCUUCUCAACGGUCGUGGCGUUUGUCGCGCUGCUGCUAAUUCAGGUGAAGUAUCUGCUCGAGUUUAUAAAAUAUGUGGACGCAUCUUUUGGCAUAAACUGCAUCGGGGAGGAUCGGUACGUCAACAAGGCGAUGCUUCUGCUGAACGAUGUUGGGUACUCCUGCUUUGUCUCCUUCAUAUUUGCCAUUUUGCUUUGGGCCUUUUACAUUUUCAACAAGGCCAUGGGGUAAGGGGGG